AUGCGCCAGCCCUUUCUGGUGGGUCCCCGGUGCGCAGCAGAUGCCGACACCACCUUCGCGUUAGGGCCGGAUGGCGCCGCUCAGACAGCGCUGAAUCAAUGGCAGUCCUCUGACAGACUCGAGUGUGGGCUUGAGGGUCUCGGACACCGACUCCCCGGGGAGGCGCGCGCAGCUGGUUGCGGAGCGCAGCCUUUGUUUCCCGUUUGCGCCGGGGCGCUCAGCCCCGCGGGUGUUCUCGGCGACUAUCCAGGGGAGAGCGGGUCCCGGCUCCGCCCGGGUAGAGGGGUGCUGUCGCGUUCUUUCCAAGGGCGGGACUGA